AAAUCCAAUUAAUACCAGACUUCCAAUCACAUUCACCUUCUACCCCUCUCUCUCAUCUCUCUCUCUCUCUCAUCAAGGUCAAAAUAAAUUCCCAUAUAUUUCCCUCCUAUCCCCUCUCUCUGCAAACCUAUACAUACAAACAUUACACACACACACACAAUUGUCUUGAUCUAUUUUCUUGAAAUUGUGGUUUCAAAAAGAACCCAUUUUUAAUCUGUAUCCAGCACUCAUGGACGGUGGUCAGCAGUAUAAUCCUCGAACUGUUGAGGAGGUCUUCAGGGAUUUCAAGAGCCGUAGAGCUGGCAUGAUUAAAGCCCUCACCACUGAUGUUGAAGAUUUCUUCCAGCAGUGUGACCCGGAGAAGGAAAACCUCUGCCUCUAUGGGUUUCCCAAUGAGCGAUGGGAAGUCAAUUUACCUGCUGAAGAGGUUCCUCCAGAGCUCCCAGAGCCUGCACUUGGUAUUAAUUUUGCUAGAGAUGGAAUGCAAGAGAAGGAUUGGUUAUCUUUGGUUGCUGUUCACAGUGAUGCAUGGUUGCUUGCUGUUGCAUUCUACUUUGGUGCUAGAUUUGGAUUUGAUAAAGCUGAUAGGAAGCGACUUUUCAACAUGAUAAAUGAUCUCCCAACAAUAUAUGAAGUUGUGACGGGGGCUGCCAAGAAGCAGUCAAAGGAGAAAUCGGCCGUGUCAAAUCACAGUAGCAGCAAAGCGAAGCCAAAUCCAAAGCGAGUGACAGAAUCUCAAAGGGAGGUUCCAAAGAGUUUACAACUAAAAGAUGAUGAUGAGGAUGAGGAAGGCUUGGAAGAAGAGGAAGAUGAGCAUGGUGAUGCACUGUGCGGAGCAUGUGGAGAAAACUAUGGGCAAGAUGAGUUCUGGAUUUGCUGUGAUAUCUGCGAAAAGUGGUUCCAUGGAAAGUGCGUAAAGAUCACUCCAGCCAGGGCUGAGCAUAUCAAGCAGUACAAAUGCCCUUCUUGCAGCAACAAGAGGGCACGUACUUGACAGCUACGCAGGGCUUCAGAUCUCUUAAUUAGCUAAUUUAUGGGUUCUUAUUCUGGCAAUGAAAAAUGCAUUUGAUAAUUCACUCUUAGAUAUGGUUGUAGGUCUUUAAAUGUUGGAUUGAUUCUGUAGCUUGAAGAUUUGAAGUUUGAUGACUCUGUGUAGGUUGCAACAUGAUCCUUUACCUUUUCAUUAUAAAUCAGGACAAUAAUUUCACCUUCUCA